AUGAGAGACCGAGGUGUGUUCCAGGUAUUGCCGGGGGCGGAGCUUCAGACGGCACAGUCGUCUUGGGGGCGGAGUUUCAGACGGCACAGUGGUCCUGGGGCGGUGCUUCAGACGGCACAGUGGUCCAGGGGGCGUGGCCUCAGACGGCACAGUGGUCCUGGGGGCGUGGCCUCAGACGGCACAGUGGUCCUGGGGCGGAGCUUCAGACGGCACAGUGGUCUUGGGGGCGGAGCUUCAGACGGCACAGUGGUCCUGGGGCGGUGCUUCAGACGGCACAGUGGUCCAGGGGGCGUGGCCUCAGACGGCACAGUGGUCCUGGGGGCGUGGCCUCAGACGGCACAGUGGUCCUGGGGCGGAGCUUCAGACGGCACAGUGGUCCUGGGGCGGAGCUUCAGACGGCACAGUGGUCCAGGGGGCGUGGCCUCAGACGGCACAGUGGUCCUGGGGGCGUGGCCUCAGACGGCACAGUGGUCCAGGGGGCGUGGCCUCAUACGGCACAGUGGUCCUGGGGGCGUGGUCCUGAAGCAGGGCUGA